UUUCCGCUGUCUAAGACAUUGAAAAACUUGUUGAUUGAUGGCGAUGGUGAUUGACAGUUGUGAUCAUAGAUCUCACUGCUAAGUUUUCUUUCGGAAAGGUUUGAUAAAAGGCGUUGGAUAAUGAUAUCUGAACAGAAUCAGGAGAAGCUUGCUUGGUGAUUUAUCAACGACAAUAGACUUGUACCUGUUUGACAUCCAGAGGGACUUUUAAAAGGGGAAGUAAGUCUGCUGGGCACAUGACUGCCCUGUUGGAGGCAGAAUCUGAACAAGUGCACGUCAUGGAUGGUGCAGUCAGGCCAAAGAUCCUGGCAACAGGUCGAGACCGCCCAGCAUUUAGACAUCCCCAGCAUACGCAGAAGGCAUUUGAGUCACUCAAUCAGAUGCGCAAACAUGGACUGUUAUGUGACAUAGUGCUUGUCGUGGACUCAGUGGAGAUUCCAUCUCACAAAGCCAUCUUGUCUUCCUGCAGUCAAUAUUUCUAUGCUAUGUUCACUGGAGAAAUGGCAGAAGCAAAAGCAAAUCGCAUCACUCUUCAGGAAAUAGAUGCAAAAGCAUUAUCACUUCUCAUUGAGUUUGUCUACACAUCAGAAAUCCAUGUGACUGAAGAUAAUGUACAGACUCUACUGCCAGCUGCCAACAUCCUACAGAUGACCGAAGUGCGGGAAGCCUGCUGUGAGUUCCUGCAGGCACAGCUGCAUCCCUCCAACUCACUAGGCAUACGUGACUUUGCCGAUCUACAUGCCUGCACUGAUCUCAAUAACUAUGCUCAGACCUAUACAGAGCAACAUUUCACCGAGGUGGUGCACUAUGAUGAGUUUCUGUCUCUGUCGGAGAACCAGGUAGCCCGACUCAUCUCCAGUGACAGACUUACUGUCACAUCAGAAGAACAGGUGUUUGAGGCUGUUAUGUCGUGGGUACAGCAUGACUUAGGGUCAAGGCAGGGUCUGGUUGAGCAGUUGCUUGAGCAUGUGCGUCUGCCUCUCAUGACCCAGGAAUAUUUAGUGCAAAGGGUGGAGGAGGAGCCACUGGUCAAGACCAACAGUAGAUGCAAGGACUUCCUCAUCGAGGCUAUGAAAUAUCAUCUGCUGAAAAGUGACCAAAAGAUCAUGUUCAAAACUCCACGAACACAGCCAAGGAAUCCUAUUGGAUUGCCAAAGGUGUUACUUGUGAUUGGGGGCCAGGCUCCUAAGGCAAUUCGCAGUGUUGAGUGCUAUGACUUUCAGGAUGACCGAUGGUUUCAGUUGGCUGAGAUGCCCACGAGGAGAUGUCGUUGUGGUGUAGCUGUUCUCAACAGUCAGGUGUAUGCAGUGGGGGGUUUUAAUGGAUCUCUUCGUGUACGGACAGUUGAUGUGUAUGACCCAGUGAAAGACACAUGGACAUCAUGCCCUAGCAUGGAGGCACGUCGCAGCACACUUGGGGUUGCUGUGCUCAAUGGCUAUAUCUAUGCUGUUGGAGGAUUUGAUGGCUCAACAGGUUUAGAUAGUGCUGAAUAUUUUGAUCCGGGUACUGGAGAGUGGCGAAUGAUUUCACCAAUGAGCACACGGCGUAGCAGCGUUGGAGUGGGAGUAGUGGGAGGUUUGCUGUAUGCUGUAGGAGGUUAUGAUGGAGCCUCCCGUCAGUGUCUCAGUUCUGUGGAGUGCUACAACCCGCUGACUGAUACAUGGAUGCACGUUGCUGAGAUGUCAUGUCGCCGCAGUGGAGCAGGUGUUGGAGUGGUAGAUGGCUUGCUGUAUGCUGUAGGAGGUCAUGACGGUCCUCUUGUAAGGAAGAGUGUUGAAGUUUAUGACCCUGAGAACAACAUGUGGAAGCAAGUGGGGGACAUGCAUCUGUGCAGGAGAAAUGCAGGUGUUGUGGCCAAUGGUGGACAGUUGUUUGUAGUUGGUGGUGAUGAUGGAUCUUCUAACUUGGGUUCUGUGGAAUGCUUUGACCCGAAGUCUAACACAUGGACAUUGCUACCAUCUAGCAUGAUGACAGGCAGAAGUUACGCUGGGGUUACUGUGAUAGACAAGCCUAUCUUAUAGCUUUCCUUGCAAUCACCAGGAUCGUAAUCAUCAUCAUCAUCAAUCAUCAUCAUCCUGUUCUCCUUCAGGUGACAUGGAUAAGAAACACAGCACCGUCACUAACAACCUAUGCGAAACUACUGGUAAACACAGAAGAGAUGAGACAACCUGCAUUGUGAUAUAACUGAAUUGGAAUGAGUGGCACAGUCCUAUAUAUGUGCAGGGUGACGGUUAUGUCUUGGCACAACAGUGUAUGUGUUGAUUUGCUUACAGUGCUUCACAAAUAUCAUUAUGAAGAACAAAUGUGAAUAGGAAAUGAAGAUUUGAUUGAACUUUUGGUUAAUAGAAAUUUAAAGGAAUAACAUUAGUGGUUCUCAUGUGGGACUGAUCUCUUUUAUAAGUGUCACAUGGCUGAAAGCAAAUUACCUGUAAUACAUAUUGGGAUCCUAACCAGCAUGCAUGACCCCCAACUUUUAGAAGAUGCAUAUAUUCGCAAAGCAUCUGUGUUUAUCAGUAAGGAACACCUCUAUUUUAGUCAUUAUGACCAACUGGGAAUGAUGUUUGUGUCAGGUGUGAAAGACUGCUGGGUUUCUUGACUUUAUUCAGAUGGUGGUUGUAUGUCCAACCUGAACAGGAUUCCUUGUGAUAAAUUUGUACAUAGCUCUAAUGUGAUACAUGUGUGAGUGCAGCAGGAUGACACUUUUGAAGUGCAUCAUCUUCAAGCUGCUUUUGGGUUGAGCUCAGUGGUGACUGCUGUGGAGUCUCCUAUUGUAUGGUAAUGUAGCUGAUCUCAACAGGCUUGCUAAGGCAUAAAAAAUUAAAAGAAUUGGUUCUCAGGCAAUGGAAAAUUUUGAAAAUAUAGUGCAGGCAAGCAGCCUCUUUUUGUGUGUGUAGUGGGGUGAAGGGGGGAGGGGAGGGAGGAGGAACUGUUCAGACUAGUAUGUAACCAAAUAAACAGUUGUGUACAAUCAACGUGGGAAAGGGCCUCCCUACAGUAAUGUAUUCCUUGAUGAGUAAAAUACUGGAAUACAGUAUUGGACUACCAGUGUGCGCAUAAUACAUGCAUACAAUGAACUUUAAUAUUAUUUCACAAUGAGAAGACGUUAUUGUGAGCAUAUAACACCAGAAGAAUCAUGUCAACAAAUCUGUACCAAAGUAUGCAAGUUAGUCCCGUUGUUACACUAUUUGGCAAUGAAAGUGUUUGUUGUGAAUCUGGACUUACUUUUGUAAUCCAUUAUAAUAUUACUUUUCUCCAAGAUUUAGUUCAAUUUUGUUCAGAUUAAUUUUGGCUAAAUCGUGUAUGAUGUGAUCGGCAAAUCACAUCAACUUGAAAUGAUCAUUAGUCAUUACAGAUACCUCUCAAUUCCUAUGAAAUUUCAUUUCAAUUAUGAUAUUGCCCAUGAGAUUAAGUAUUUUUUUAUCGGGGAGAAAAUGGGUGGACAGCUGAUUGCUAUUUCCAGCUUAUUUUACAAGACAAAGACCACGUAAUCUUAAUCUCUGUAUUUGAAACACGCCCGGCAUACAAUACACAAAUACCAUUCGAAUUUGUAAAUCAUCAUGUCUCGCAAACUUGCAAACUGCAAAACAAGCACACAAACUCUUAUGGCCGCCAUGACCAUGACAGUGAAGCAGUGCGCAUUUAAAGGGAAGUAACUGCACGCUAUGUUGGGUCGAUUUGUGUUGUAUCUUUUCACUGCCGGGGUUGUGUGAAAAUGGAAAUGAAAACGAAACGUGCAGCAGACUUUGUGAUGAUGGGGCGGUGCCUGAGAACCAAGACUUUUUUCUUCUUUUUUUAGCCUUACCUGACAUGUUAACUUUGUGUAGACUGAUAUUGAUCAUGUUAAAUAUUAUAUGCUCAGAUCAACUUUUCUGAAAUAUAUUAAAGAUAAUUGACUUAAU